AUGCGUAUGUUUAUUAUCCCUUGCUGCCUGGCCCUGCUGGUGGCGCUGGCCACUGCUGAGGGAAACGCGGCAUCGGAGCAGCAAACGGUGGCCGAAAAGAGAAGCGAAGAAGCUGAGCCAAAGGAUUCUCAACGACUCGAGAAGCGCGGAGCGUCGCUGGGCGAAUGGAGCCAGCAGUUGUCGCACGGUUACGCCGACCAGCACAGCUAUCAGCAGUACCACCCGCAGCUGCAGUACCAUCAGCAGCAGCAGCAGCAGCAGCAUCAGCCGCAGGAGUACCAGCAGUACCACCAGUACCAGCAGUACCAUCAUAAGCACGAGGAGCCGAUCAAGACGAUCACGAUCGAGAAGAAGAUCCCGGUGCCGUACACCGUGCACAAGCACGUCCCGUACACGGUCGAGAAGAAGGUGCCGUACGAGGUGAAGGUCCCCAUCCCGAAGCCGUACCUGGUAGAGAAGAAGGUCCCGCUGCACUACAAGGAGUACGUCAAGUACGCCGUGCACGUCCCGGAGCCGUACACCGUCUACAAGAAGAUCCCGUAUGAGGUGAAGUACCCGGUUGACAAGCCGUACGAGGUGAAGGUGCACGUCCCGAAGCCGUACAUCGUCGAGAAGAAGGUGCCGUACGAGGUGAAGGUGCCGGUCCCGGUCCCAGUUACCGUCGAGAAGAAGGUGCCGUACGAGGUGAAGUACGAGGUGGCCGUCCCGAAGCCGUACACUGUUGUCAAGAAGGUGCCGUUUGAGGUGAAGGUUCCAGUCGACAAGCCCUACAAGGUGGAAGUCCUUCGCCCAGUCAAGGUGGAAGUGCCCAAACCCUACCCAGUCGUCGUCGAGAAGAAGGUGCCGUACGAGGUGAAGGUCCCGGUCGACAAGCCGUACAAGGUGGAGGUCCCGAAACCGUACAAGGUGGAAGUGAAGGUACCGUUCCCAGCCCCGUACACUGUCGAGAAGAAGUUCCCGUACACCGUCGAGAAGCCCGUGCCAUACGAGGUGAAGGUUCCGGUUGAUCGCCCAGUGCCAGUGUACAAGGAGGUUAAGUUUGCCGUCACCAAGGAGGUCCCGGUGCCGGUGAAGGAGAAGGUGAUCGUGCCAGUGUUGGUGAAGAGCGAGAAGAAGCAACCGGAAGUGGAGUUCCAGCAUGAGCAGUCCCACGAGCAGCAUCAUGAGGAAGAACAGCAGGAGCAGUUCUACCACCAGCAUGAGCAGCCUCAGGCUCUGGCCUACCAGCAGGAGCAGCCAUCCUACCACCAGGAGGAACAGCAGCAGUCCUACCAUCAGGAAGCCCACCAGCAGCAGCUGAACCAGCAUCAACUGCACCAGCUGCACCAGCAGCAGCAGCAGCAGCAGGCGAACCAGCAGCAGCUUCACCAGCUGCACCAGCAGCAGGCAAACCAGCAGCAGCUUCAUCAGCUGCACCAGCAGCAGGUGCACCAGCAGAAGCUGAGCCAGCAGCAGCUCCAGCAGGUCCAUCAGCAGCAGCAGGAGCAGCAGUACCACCAGUACCAGCAGCACCAGCAGCAGAUCUACAACGCUCACCAGCAGCAGCAGUUCCAGCAGCAGGAGCAGACUCACCAGCAUCAGCACCAACACUACGAAUCGCACUAA